UUUUAAGGUUUUUGUGCUUGAAUAUCUGACUCCACGUGUUGCAUUGUGGGUUUCUUGUCCCUAGUCGGGGAAUUAGAAGCCACUGGAUAGCACUUCAGUUUUGGGGGCGGGGGUGAUAGACCUGAACUCUGACAGACAUCAUUUGGAAAUUCAAUGUAGGCUAAGCGAUACAGAGGAUAGUUGCGUGAAGUGCAUUUUCUCGUGGAUAACACCCAGCGCAUCGAUAACUGCGCGAGGUAAGGGGGUGCCAUGCCAGCUCCCGCUCCCCCGUCGCCUCCCCCCCUCGCCAUCUGGUGGAGGCCCCUCUCACUACUCCUGCUCCCGCUCCUGCUGCUGCUGUCGCCCCCGACGACCACAGCCGCACCUGAGCCCGCGACCUCCGGUGGUCCGUCCGCCCUCCAGACUCGCUCCACCACCCUAAACAGCGGCGCUCCCCUUAACCACCUCCUGCUGGACCGCCGCUCGGGUCAGGUGUACGUGGGCGGCGUGAACGCCCUGUACCACCUGUCGGCCGACCUGCGCCUGCUCUCCCAGGGCCAGACUGGUCCCCGGCUGGACAGCCCCGACUGCCUGCCGCCCAUCGACCCCAAGGACUGCACGCAGGCCCGCCAGACGGACAACGCCAACCAGAUCCUGCUGCUGCAGGACGGCGAGGAUGAGCCGCUCCCGGAAAAGAAGGCGGAGGAGGGGGGAAGUAAUGCGGAGCGGCGCACGCGCUGGCGCAGCCUGAUCGUGUGUGGCACGGUGCUGCAGGGCAUCUGCGAGAAGCGCAGCCUGGCCGACGUGGGCCGCGUGCUCUACAACACCUCCAACCCCGUGGACACGCAGUACGUGGCCGCCAACGACCCGCGGGUCUCCACUGUGGGCGUGCUGGUCCAGCCCCAGCCCCAGCAUCGCUCGCUGGCGCCGGCCAUGCUGCUGGUGGGGCCGCUGGCUACACCAGUAGGUCGGGGGUCCCGCCGCAUCACCACGCUACGCUUGCUGGCUCCAGCCCCAGACCACUCCAUCCCCACCUUCUCCCACGAGGAGCUGGGCAAGCUGGUGGUGGGCUUUACCCGAAAGUACAACAACCACUUUGUGGCGCGCCCGCCACGAAGCCACGCCUAUUCUCCUGCUGUCGCAAGGACGCCUGGGCUCCAAGGAGUAUCGUACGAUGAAGUCAGCUUCUGCACCGACGACCCCAGCUUUACUUCUUACGUGAGCUUCCUCCGCCGCAGCGCCGGGUUGUUAACCUCGCUUCAGGCCGCCGCUUCUGGUAACCGCCGCUGACGGCCCGCGACUUGUGGCUAUGGCGGCCGCCAGGCGCCCACGCCAAUUUCACCGGCCUCGCUGGCGCAGCGCUUCACGACAUGGGAGCGCUUGGACAAGGCCCGAAGACGCCGCAGGAGCUGUAAAGCAUCCCAGGAGGGCCGCGGGCCCACCAACCAGGAGGAGGCCUACAUUGAGUACGAGGUGUCCUCCAAGUGCCUGCGCCUGGCCCAGUCCUCAGUGACCGAGUACCCCUGUGGGGGGGAACACACCCCCAGCCCCAUUGCCAGCGCCGUGCCCCUGGUUGCUGACCCUGCCCUGACCCGCGACACCCAACUCACUGCUGUCGCUACGGCUACCGAGGCCGGACACACCAUUGCUCUGCUCGGAGACAAGGCGGGGCACCUGCAUAAGGUGUUCCUGCAGGCAAAUGGCACGGGUACCCUUUACGACUCGGUGACUGUGGACGAGAAGAGCGCCAUCAACGCUGACCUCCUGCUGGACUCUGCUGGACAGAGCAUCUAUGUCCUGACGGAGAAAAAAGUCACCAGGCUGCCGGUGGCUCAGUGCUCCCGCCACACAGACUGCCAGUCCUGUCUGUCCGUCAGAGAUCCCUACUGCGGCUGGUGUGUGCUGGAGGGCAGGUGUUCCCGUAAGCAGGAGUGCCAGCGCCACGCCCAGUCCAACCAUUGGCUGUGGAGCUACCACCAAGGCCAGCAGUGUGUGUCCGUGCAGAGUCUGGUGCCGUCCAGCCAGAGUCGAGAGGAGCAGACACAGGUGUCUUUCACUGUGGCCCAGCUCCCCAUGCUGUCAGGAGAUGAGUCGCUCGCCUGCUCUUUUGGAGGCCUUCCCUCCCAGUCUGCCGUUGUCAUGGAGAACAGGAUCACCUGUCAGUCACCCAAACCGGAGCUCCUCCCCCCAAGCCCUCCAGGCAGCGAUCACAUGGCUCUCAGAGUGUCUCUGAUGUUUGGCGAUGUGACCAUCGCGCACACAAACCUCACCUUCUAUGACUGCAGAGCCGUGGGUCGGCUCAAUGCAACCUCCCCCUGUAUGGCGUGUGUGGGAAGCAGGUGGCCGUGUCACUGGUGUGCCCUGGAUGAGGUGUGCACUCACGAAAGGAGCUGCCCACGCCAGCCUAUCAUAUACAACGCUGGGGAGAAUUCGUCUCCGCGGGGUAUGGACUCGUGUCCGUGUGUGUGGGCUCUUCAAGGCUCUUCUCUGGUGCCAGUGGGCUUUGAUAAGGAGCUCUACCUGCUGGGGAAGAACCUGGACAUGUUUGAGGACGAGGAGGAUUACGUGUGCGUGGUGGAGAUCGAGGGCAGGUCGCUGAUGCUGCCCGCCACGCUUAUUCGAGGGGAGAAGCAGAUGCACACCUUUAAGUGCUCCGCUCAGCAGUAUCAGUACUCAGUGCAGCAGUUGGAGUACUCCGCUCCUGUGUACUUGCUGAGAGGGACCAGGCGCAUUGACUCUGCACCCAACAUACGGCUCCAACUCUACAACUGUUCGGUGGGUCAGUCGGACUGCAGCCAGUGUCGAGCGGUGGCUCCGGCGUACAGGUGUGUGUGGUGCGGAGGGGAGAACUCGGGGUGUGUGUACAGCGACGCCUGCACUGACAGUCACGAGGACAGCUGCCCGCCCCCCCUCAUCACCAAGAUCCAGCCCACCACGGGGCCUCUAGAGGGGGGCAUCCACGUGACCAUCUGGGGGUCCAACCUGGGCCAGCGCUUCGAGGACAUCCAGCACGGCGUGACGGUGGCUGGGGUGAGGUGUAAACCACUGCCUGAAGGCUACCUCAUAUCCACCAGGAUUGUGUGUGAGCUGCAACGCAGCACACAGAUUAAAGGACCUGUCGUGAUCACUGUGGGAGAUUCUCCACCAGGACGGUCACUGCAGUCAUUCACUUAUCAAGACCCUCAGCUGGUAGGCAUUGAGCCUGAUAAGGGUCCAGUGUCCGGCGGCACACGUCUGACAGUAAAGGGCUCCCACCUGCUCACAGGACAAAGGAGUGACCUGAAGGCCUUCGUAGGACAGCAGCCCUGUUACAUAGUGGAAGAGGUGAAUGACACCCAGCUAGUGUGCCGCACUAGCCGCGCUAACCACACGUCCGAGCUCACAGUCCGUGUUCUGUUUGGCAAGGCGGAGAGGACGGUGGGAAAUGCGGUCUUCCGCUAUUUACAGGACCCCAUCAUUACAGACGCGUCCCCUGCCGAGAGCUUCUACGGGGGCGGACGGGCGAUCACAGUGAGAGGGGAGAACUUUGACAUCAUCCAGCAGCCAAUGAUGUCCAUGUGGGUGGAGCCAGUGGGCAACUUCCUGGUGCGGAGGAGGCGACACAUGUCUCCCAGCGGACCCCAUGUGGCCUUCAACAGUAGCAUGAUAAAGAAACAGGAGCGCUGUGUGGAUGUGAUGUCAGACCGGAUGACCUGCCUGACCCCAGCGGUCCCUCCCGACUGGAGGGUGGUGAGCGUGUGGUUCGAGCUGGACAACCUGCAGGUGGACUUUGAGAGCAUCACAGGGAGGAAGUUCACCUACUACCCCAACCCGGAGCUCUACGCCCUCAACUUUCACACCCCCGACAUUCCCUACCGAUUCAAACCGGGAGCGGUGAUCGCCGUGGAGGGUAAAGACCUGAUGUUGGCCAUGACCCGUGACGAGGUGGUGGCCUGGCUGGGGGACCAGCGGUGCGAAGUGAAGACCCUGGACAACACACACCUGUACUGCGAACCUCCUGAGGAGCAGCCGCUCAGCAGAGACACCGAGUCAGAGUUACCCAGUCUCCACGUUGUGAUGGGGAAGCUGGUGUUUGACCUGGGCCCGGUGCAGUACGACACAGAUGACCCAUCCCCCGUGCCCCUGGCUGCCCAGGUGGGACUGGCAGCCAGCGCUGCUGUGGUGGUGCUCAUCGUGCUGGUCAUCAUCCUCAUGUACAGGAGGAAGAGCAAGCAGGCCCUGCGAGACUACAAGAAGGUUCUGGUCCAGUUGGAGACGCUGGAGAUCAAUGUCGGCGAUCAGUGCCGGAAGGAGUUCACAGACCUGAUGACAGAGAUGAUGGACCUGAGUAGUGACGUGGGGGGACCGGGAAUCCCCCUGCUGGACUACCGCAUGUACGCCGAGCGCAUUUUCUUCCCCGGCCAGAAGGGGGCACCGCUGAGCCAGAACCUGGACCUGCCCGACUCACGGCGGCAGACGGUGGAGCAGGGCCUGGGCCAGCUCAACAACCUGCUCAACAACAGGCUCUUCCUCACCCGGUUCAUCCACACGCUGGAGGCCCAGCAGAGCUUCUCGCAGCGCGACCGCGGCUAUGUAGCCUCGCUGCUCACCAUGGCGCUGCACGACAAGCUGGAGUACUUCACCGACGUCAUGAAGACGCUGCUCGGCGACCUGGUGCAGCAGUACGUGGACAAGAACCCCAAGCUCAUGCUGCGCAGGACGGAGACCGUGGUGGAGAAGAUGUUGACCAACUGGAUGUCCAUUUGCCUCUACUCCUUCCUCAAGGAAGUGGCCGGAGAGCCUCUCUACAUGCUGUACAGGGCCAUUAAGUACCAGGUGGACAAAGGGCCUGUGGAUGUGGUGACCGGCAAAGCCAAACGCACACUAAAUGACAGCCAUCUCCUGAGGGAGGACAUCGACUACACUUCCAUGACUCUUACAGUGAUGGUGAAGAGUGGGGUUGAGGUGCAGGCCUGCCCGGUGAAAGUGUUGGACAUCGACACCAUCACCCAGGUGAAGGACAAGAUCCUGGACCAGCUCUACAAAGGGAUGCCCUACUCACAGAGACCCCAAGCAGACUCCCUGGAUCUGGAAUGGAGGGCAGGGCAGGCAGGUCACUUGACCCUGUCAGAUGAUGACGUGACGGCCAUCAUUCAGGGCCGCUGGAAGAGAAUCAACACCAUGCAGCACUACAAGGUCCCAGAUUUAGCCACAGUAGCACUCAUCCCUCGCUCUCAGAGCUCCGUUGUCAUGGGCAUCAAUCAGGUCUACCAGACUGGGGAAAAGACUCCCAUGCUGGAGGGGGAGGAGGAGGAGGGUCAGCGGCUGUGGCACCUGGUCAAGUCCAGCGAGGACCCCGAGAUCCCCAAACACCGCAAGAGCAGCAUGAGAGAGAGAGAGAGGGCCAAAGCCAUCCCCGAGAUCUACCUCACACGCCUGCUCUCCAUGAAGGGCACCCUGCAGAAGUUUGUGGACGACGUGUUUGUGGCCAUCCUCAGCACCAAGCGGCCACCACCCAUCGCCGUCAGGUUCUUCUUCGACUUCCUGGAUGACAUGGCAGAGAAGCACGGCAUCGACGACCCAGAGACGGUUCAUAUCUGGAAAACCAACAGCCUGCCUCUGAGGUUCUGGGUAAACAUCCUGAAGAACCCGCAGUUUGUGUUUGACGUGCAGGUCACAGACAGUGUGGACGCUGUACUGUCCGUCAUCGCACAGACGUUCAUCGACUCCUGCACCACGUCCGAGCACAAAGUGGGACGGGACUCUCCAGUGAAUAAGCUCCUGUAUGCCAGGGAGAUUCCCAGGUACAAGCAGCUGGUGGAGAGGUAUUACAGUGACAUUCACAGUUCUGGGUCAGGCUGCUACCAGGAGAUGAACUCUACUCUCACUGAACUAUCAGGAAGCUUUGCGUCUGAGAUGAACAAUCUGGUGGCCCUGCAUGAGCUCUACAAGUACAUCAACAAGUACUACGACCAGAUCAUCAUGUCGCUGGAGGAGGAUGCAGCAGGACAGAAGAUGCAGUUGGCCUACCGGCUCCAGCAGGUCGCUGCACUAGUGGAGAACAAAGUCACUGACCUGUGACCACCCAGAUGACCUUUGAACCUUGACUCUUAAACUUAAACACUCUUGUGUCUAAACUGACUAAGUGGUGGACCCGGGGUAGGACCGGGAUGGUAAAGUCUGACCAAUGAACUGCCUGUCGAGCAAAAAAAAAUCCAAUCAACGGGUGAAAGCCAGCAGUUGAACCAAAACCAAAACUCCAAGAUUCUCUCCACUUCCUGCCCAGACACGUGAGGCGCCUCUCAGCUCCAGGAUCUGUUCGGAGCAACGAGAGGGGAGGAAAAGGGAAAGACGUGCAAAUACUGGGAAUAGCUAAAUGAAAUGGACAAGACAUGGGAGCUGUACUGGAAGGACAAGUACAAUCCCACAGAGAUGCUCUGUGCUACUCUAUCUAUGAGUGUGUCUUUGCUUUGUGUUGCUUCAUUUUAAGUGUGUGUUUUUUAUUAUCAGGAGAGUAUGUAUGUGUAAGGUGAGCUUGGCUAAUUCUUCCAUAAAUUAAUAUA